GGCUUUCAACCCAAUGUGUCAUCCACAUGGCAAGAGAUAGGUCACUACGAUCUUGAACCAGGUACACAGUUCGAACUUGAUGAAAGCUGCCUGUAUGGAUACGACAGGGCCGGCAUCUCGUUCGUUGGCAAUGCGAACGACAACCUCACUUUUGAGAAUAAGGCCGUGGGCGCCUAUUCGACACCCAGCGAUCUUGGGCUUACACGAUUUUGGCUUAGACGACUUGGUCUCUCACAGUCUGAUAUGACCAUCAAUAACACCGGUCGAUGUGUCUCGUUUCUACAUGCGCUGAAACAUAAGGGACACAUACCAAGUUUGUCGUUUGGCUACCAGGCUGGUGCGGCAUAUCGUGAUAACCAGGUUACAACAAAAUCUGCCGGCAGCCUUGUGCUCGGAGGAUAUGAUAAGUCUCGUACGUCAAAAGACACAGUCACCAUUCCCCACGCGACCGAUGUCAUCGUUGGUGUGCAGAGCAUCACUGCAACAUUGCGAGCCGGUUCUGCCACAGUACUCAAUCCUGGUGUCCUUGCUAUUCCUGGUACUACAGUUCCUGAACUGUGGCUGCCACACAAUGUUUGCGACCAGAUUGCAUCAGUACUCAACCUCACCUAUCACGACGAUACAGGACGCUAUACACUUACCGACGCCGCACACAAUGCGCUCCAAUCACUCAACGGGUCCUUAAACUUCAAGAUAGGGAGCACAUACACUUAGACCCAGCGAUCACGGUCAACAUACCUUACAAGGCUUUCGAUCUUGAGGCAUCUUGGCCUAUCUUCAACGCGACUACGAGAUACUUUUCGCUGAGAAAUACUACAAACAAGACAAAAUAUGCACUGGAAAGGGCCUUCUUGCAGGAAGCAUACCUCGUCGUAGACUGGGAACGCGAUUCGUUUCAACUCAGCCAGGCUGUUUUCAGCGAUCCAAUGCCGGAGCCGGAGAUCAUCGCUGUACAGCCCAUCAACAACGAGACCAAUAAUUUACUUGUUCAGUAUCGCCUGGAGCGAUUGCCAGAAUCGUUAUUAGUGUUCUCUUGCUCACCAUCCCUGCAUCUGGUUGGUGGUUCUGGCGGCGCAAGCGCACACAGAAAAAGCAAGAGAAACACACAAACACACUCGGCGGAUUGCAAGGUCACGGCAAACAAG